AUGCCGCCGACACAGUUGCCCGCGUCGGGGAACCCCUUGGUCUUUUUCGACAUCACCCUCGGAGGUGAACCCCUCGGCCGCAUCUCAUUCGAGCUCUUCAAAGAUGUAGUUCCCAAAACCGCCGAAAACUUUCGCCAAUUCUGCACGGGCGAAUCCAAAGACAGCCAGGCCAAGCCCCAAGGCUACAAGGGCUCCAAGUUCCACCGCAUUAUCCCCAACUUCAUGUGCCAGGGGGGCGAUUUCCUCAAAGGCGACGGCACAGGAUCGACCUGUAUAUGGGGCCUCAAGGCGUUUGAGGAUGAGAACUUCAACUUGAGGCACGACCAGCCUGGUCUGCUGUCAAUGGCUAACGCUGGUCCUAAUUCCAACGGCUCACAAUUCUUUAUAACGACUGUCCCGACGCCGUUUUUGGAUGGGAAGCACGUUGUUUUUGGAAAGGUCGUGGAGGGGAUGGACGUGGUGAGGAAGAUGGAGCAUACGAAGACGGGGUAUAAGGGGAAGGAUGUGCCGAAUAUGGAUGUUGUUAUUUCUCAGUGCGGAGAGAUGUAG